AUGCAGACCACCAAAAAAAUCAUCAUUUUCACCUUCCUGAUGCUACUUGCUUUCUACUCUCAAGCAAACAUUGACACUUACAUUAUCAUCGUAGACAAGCCAGACACGCAAUACGACUUGGAAAGCUGGUAUACAUCCUUUUUGCCGAAUGAGAUGAGCUCUCGUUUGAUUUUCUCGUACCGCCAUGUCAUAACAGGCUUUGCCGCCAGACUCACGGAGGAAGAAGUUAAGGCAAUGGAGAUGAAGGAAGGGUUCUUGUCAGCACGUCCGCAAAAACAGAUACAGUUCUUUACCACCCAUAGUCCUAGCUUCUUGGGGCUCCAUCAAAACUCAGGAUUUUGGAAGCGUUCAAAUUACGGAAAAGGAGUGAUUAUUGGACUUAUCGACACUGGAAUAGCCUCUGAUCACCCUGCAUUCCGCGACGAUGGAAUGCCUCAACCGCCUGCAAAAUGGAAAGGGAGAUGUGAUGAUACAACACUAUGCAACAACAAACUUAUUGGUUUAAGAAAUUUUGUCAUGAAGAGCAACAACACUUGGGACGAGUACAAGCAUGGAACUCACACAGCUAGCAUAGCAGCCGGAAGUCAUGUGCAAAAUGCUAAUUACUUUGGGCAGGCUAACGGAACUGCAAGUGGCGUAGCGCCACUAGCUCACUUGGCCAUGUAUAAAGGUAUUGAGGAUAGUGAGGUGUUGGCUGCAAUGGAUGCUGCUAUUGAGGAUGGUGUUGAUGUUCUUUCACUUUCUCUUGGAGUUAGUUCUCAUGUUUUUUAUGAUAAUGUGAUAGCCAUAGCUGCAUAUGCAGCUAUUCAGAAAGGGAUCUUCGUGAGUUGCGCGGCAGGAAAUUCUGGACCUAGGAAAAGUUCUAUGUUCAAUGAAGCACCUUGGAUUUUAACAGUAGGAGCAAGUACUAUAGAUAGAGAAAUUAGAGCAACAGUGUUACUUGGAAAUAAUACCGAGUUAAACGGCGAAUCUCUUUUCCAGCCAAAUGACUUCUCCUCCAGAUUGUUACCCCUUCUCUAUGCUGGCGAUAAUUCAGGAUCAUCCGCAUUCUGCGAGACAGGAUCACUAAGAAAUAUUAAUGUCAAAGGCAAAAUAGUGUUGUGCAAGGUGGAAACAGAUUCCAUCGACACAAUUUACAAAGGCCAAGAAGUGAAAGACAAUGGUGGGUUCGCCAUGAUUGAGAUGAAUAGCAAGGAUGAUGGCUUUGUUAUGGAGCCAGAGUUUCAUGUGCUUCCUGCAUCACGGGUGAGUUACAAGGCUGGAUUAGCAAUCAAAUCCUAUAUAAACUCGUCAUCAUCGCCAACAGCUACAAUCUUGUUCAAAGGAACUGUAAUUGGAUUGCAAGAGGCUCCUCAAGUUGCUGUUUUUUCCUCGAGAGGUCCUAGCAAUGUAAGUUCUGGAAUCUUAAAACCAGACAUUAUAGGUCCUGGGGUCAAAGUUUUAGCUGCCUGGCCAAUUUCAAAAGAUUAUACUACCAACAGGUUUUAUAUAGAGUCAGGCACCUCAAUGGCAUGCCCUCAUCUUAGCGGCAUUGCUGCUCUACUCAAAAGUGCCCAUCCAGACUGGUCUCCUGCAGUUAUAAAAUCAGCCAUCAUGACCACCGCUGAUCUAAAUAACAUUGGAGAUAAGCCCAUUUCUGAUCAACAGUUCAUUCCAGCUACAGUUUUCGACAUGGGUGCUGGCCAUGUGAAUCCAUCAAAAGCAAACUAUCCAGGGCUUGUUUAUGAGAUCCAACCUGAUGAUUACAUUCCUUACCUAUGUGGUUUGGGAUUUUCUGACAAACAAGUAAAAGUCAUUAUUCAGCACAAAGUGAGGUGCUCCAGUGUUGGGAGCAUACCGGAAGCCCAAUUGAAUUAUCCAUCAAUCUCCAUCAAAUUGGGUUUUGUUCCCCAGAUGUAUACAAGAACUGUUACGAAUGUUGGGCGGGCGAAUUCAACUUACAACGUUGAAAUUAUCGAGCCAGAAGGUGUGGAUGUUAAGGUGAUCCCUCGCUCUAUUAGUUUCAGUGAAGCAAGCAACAAAGCAACAUACUCCGUAACAUUUAGUAGAAAUGAAAAUGUGGAUGGCUCUUUUGCUCAGGGAUAUCUGAAAUGGGUUGCUGAUGGGUAUAGUGUUGGAAGUCCAAUUGCUGUUUUAUUUGAAUAAGAAGUUUAGAAUGACAUAAUUGUAAUGCUGAAUAGAGUGGCCUGCACUUAAUUGACUAAUAAAUUAUGUUAAACAAACUCAAGAUCAAAGAAAGCUAAAAAAAUUGAGUUUUUCUAAAAUUACAGGAUUCCUUUCGAUUCAGUUUGGAAAUUAAAUUUUGAGC